GCUGUCCUGAGGCUGCGGCGGGCGUUCCGUUACGUGGCUGCCGCCGGGUGGGGACGAACGCGGGCCCAGUGGUGCAGUGCCCUUGAGCCCCCGGGCCGCGGCCUUUGUUUCUCCCCGCGGAUGCGCUGACCACGAGGCCCGCGCUCCCGGGUGGGGGGCGGGGGCCGGGUGUUUGGGCCUGGUUAAGCAGGGUGGGGCUUAUGGGGGGCGGAUAGACAGAAGAGGUGGUUUGUCUUAAAAGUGGCACGAAAUGGGACUCACGCAUCUCAGUAUGUUUUUUUUCUGUCUUCAGCUUUUAAAACUAGUGAUUAGAAUGCGGGGGUUCUAAAAAGAAACCAAGUUGGGGUUAUGUAGGUGCCUCUUUGGACUGUUACAAGGUCUAGUGGAAAAUUGAAGGUAGUUUAAUAAUUGUGAUUGUUUGGGUUAUCACAUCGAAUUUUGAAACAAGUUAUUUGACUUUUUUAAAAAUUCUGGAUAGGAUUGAUAUCAGCGGGAUUUAGAUUGGGGAAAAAAUAUUUGUCUAGUAUUUUUUCCUUUGUAAAACUGUCUCAGAUACCAGGGUACCCAAUAAGGAUUUCUCAAUCCACUUGGUUACAACACUGAUAUACUCAGCAAGCAUAGGUCACUAAUAACUUAGGCAGGAGCUCAAAUCUGCAUCUCUGGAUUUGAGUACAAAUUUAAAUAUACGAUACAUAAGUGGGGGUUGGAAUCCAAACAAAACUUGUGUUUACCUACCUUUUUUGUGUCGUGCAAACUUCUUUUUAACUGUCAUGCAUUUUUCUAGUAAUAGCUCUUCAAGUCUGCAAUAAAAAAUGGCCUCCAAUAAAACUACAUUGCAAAAAAUGGGAAAGAAACAGAAUGGAAAGAGUAAAAAAGUAGAAGAGGCAGAGCCUGAAGAAUUUGUGGUGGAAAAAGUACUGGACCGACGUGUAGUGAAUGGGAAGGUGGAGUAUUUCCUGAAGUGGAAGGGAUUUACAGAUGCUGACAAUACUUGGGAACCUGAAGAAAAUUUAGAUUGUCCAGAGUUAAUUGAAGCGUUUCUUAAUUCUCAAAAAGCUGGUAAAGAAAAAGAUGGCACAAAAAGAAAAUCUUUAUCUGACAGUGAAUCUGAUGAUAGCAAAUCCAAGAAGAAAAGAGAUGCUGCUGAUAAACCAAGAGGCUUUGCCAGAGGUCUUGAUCCUGAACGAAUAAUUGGUGCCACAGACAGCAGUGGAGAAUUAAUGUUUCUCAUGAAAUGGAAAGAUUCAGAUGAGGCAGACUUGGUGCUGGCAAAAGAGGCAAAUAUGAAGUGUCCUCAGAUUGUAAUUGCUUUUUAUGAAGAGAGACUAACUUGGCAUUCUUGUCCGGAAGAUGAAGCUCAAUAAUUGUUUGUGUUGCUUUUUAUAUAUAUUUAUAUAUAUAUAUAAAAUCUGGGUCUUGGUUUUUUGGUUUAUUAGUGUGAAAAAAUAACAUUCUAAUGAAAAUCAAGUUUGAUAUGUUUGUUUUGAAGUAGUAUUGGGGAAGUUGUUGGGGUUUUUUGCAUCUAUAGCACUGGUUACUUUGAACAAAUAAAAGCUUUCUGUAGUUGCUUCCUUUAUCAGAGAAGAAUAUUUGAGACCAUGGUAUAUUAUUCCCCUGCUUUAGAGAACACCUUUUCUAAAUGUUGGGGGAAAUCUUCAUAGUUGUUCUUCAAUCGGAAUUUGUGUUUAACUCCUAUAUGCCUAAGGACCAUUCUGGGUUUUUUGUUUAUUUGGGGGUUUUUUUUGUGUAUAUACUUAAAAUACAUACGUAAAUCGUUUUUUGGUUUUUUUUGGUUUUUUUUUGUUUUUAAAACAUUCCCCAAAAUAAAAACAGCAUUUUAUAACCAUGGAUAAGCCCACGUUUCUGGGAUGCCAUCAUUUUUAGCAACCUAAGAAAUCACUUAAAUUGAAAGUUUUCCUGAAGCCUUAACCUUUCAAAUUUUGUAAUUAAUUGGGCUUACAUAUAACGUAAGCAAUUUAAAUUGGACAAUUUGAAAGCAGCCGUAACAGAAUCCAUGUCUGCAGUCACACAAAUGCAAGUUUGUUUGCAAGAUUUCUGAAAGGAAAAUUUUAUCACUACCAAUAACCUCCCCACCCAAAUGAAAAAAACCGGACAAGUCCUGGUAUGUUUUAAUUAGGUAAGCAAAACUUAGUGGACAUUUAAAGGUUCCUUCUGGUGAACCAUUCCCUUUGAAGAAGUUGAAAUCCCUGUGCUGCACUGACUAAAAGGUCAUGAUUCAUGGAAUGUUUAAAACUUGUUCAUGGAAACCUGAUCAUAAUCAGAUGGUUAGAGAUAUUGGCAAUUUAGCACCUGCUGGAAUAAAUGGGGGGACAGACCUCUGUAAUCUAAAUUCCUGACCUGCAUGUUUUUUCUUUACCCCAACUCAUUCCUUACAUGUAGGCUCAAUCUUCUCAGUAUUUGAGUUACUGGUUCAGCAGAAACCAGGAAAAACAAUAACUUUGUAGUCAGAAUGUUAUCCAACUGUAUAUUAUUUACUUUAUUGUAAAUACUGGUAAACAGUGGUCAAUAAAUAGUUUUAUAUUCCUUUA